AUGGCUUACGAUGGGUAUCAUGCAUCCUCGAACCCCUAUCAGCCGGGUAACAUGAACUUGAACGCAAAUCCGAGCGAUCCUCAUGGCUACUCGCCCACGCCGCCGUACCCGUCGAGCAACUAUGAGCCCGAUCGCCUCAGUAUGCCUCAGCCGCAGAUGCCUCCGCCCGCCUCGUCGCACCAGUACAUGGAGCCCUAUUCAGAGACACCCCGACCGCAGAAUCUGGGGCAAGGCAACGGGAACCUCAGCGACGCUGUCAGCUCUGCCGUGCACGAUGCGCACUCGUCCGAGUACUUGUCUCCAGACGUCCUGAGCCAGAUCACCGCGACCGUCAUCCAGCAACUGAAAGCCACCGGCCUGGGCAACAUCCAGGGCUCCUCCUCCGACGCCCCUCCACCGCGACCACUGUCGCAGCAGCCCCCAUGGCCAGCUGCGCCGGAUAUGGCGCCUCGCCCACAGUCCGAGUCGCCGCCGAUUGCAUCCCAGAGAGGCGGUUCGAUCCCACCCGGCAACCCCAUGUCUAACAGUUUCGAGUCCAUACAUCCAUAUACAGCCCCUCAAGCAUCAGGGCCCUCAGGAUAUGCGAGUGAUACCCGUGAUACACGUCCAACUCCUAAGCCGUCCCCAGAACCGCCACACCGCAGGCGCGAAUCGAUGUCUAGCCACGGAAGCCAGAAAGUGGACGCUCGGCCGAAGCCGCCGUCAAGAGAUGCGACGGUGGUGGAGAUGACUACGCUUGAGCGAAUCUGGGGGAAACUGUUCGAGGAUGGGAAGCCGACGAAGAGGUUGGGGCAGUUCCUGCGUGGCAUUGCUAUGCACUUGAUUGAGGAUUAUCCGCCAGGAAAUACCAUCGUUAUUCUUCCAAAUCAGCUUCAAAAGUUCUACGCAGACACUCAAGUAUCGUGGGACCCUUACCCGUGGCAAGAUAUCUUCGACGACCGAACAUCCUCGAUCUCAAGGCUGUUCCGUGAGGUGAAAGCUCAGCACCACCUUGUCCAGCUCGACGAUCUCACGGAGCGACCCGACAUCCCGGGCCUGACCCCCAAGGGCUUCGAAAUAUGGGCCACAAUCAUGAUCCUAGCACACCCGGAGCGCGAAUACGAGCGCCUGCAAAAGGCGGUCCUCAACAUGCCCAUCAGCAACCCGGACGACAAGAAAGAGCGCUUCCCCAAGGAGAUCCCGCGCCGGUUGUUCCCCGAGGUUGCAGACCUGAAACUGCGACAGGAGGUCGAGGACCACAUCAUGAGGCAUUGCGGCGUUGAUCUUCCCCGCAUCACCGACGAGGAGCGUUCUCAAGCGACCCGCACGAAGAAGCCCGCGCCCUCUAAGCUGGACACCUCCAAGCUGGACCCCUCCGAGGCCGCAAACAUCACGCCCUCGUCGACAAACCGUUCGCGAUCAUAUGAACGGGGCCGGCCUCCACCAUCGGCUCCGUCACCCUCCGCCGUGAUCGACGAUGAGGACGAGCCCACUCCCUCGAGACCGAUCGAGCGCGAGAGAAAACCGUAUUCUGCGCAGCCUGGCGGAGGCAAGACGUACAGUGAACCAGGCCACAAUCACAGCCGCACUGGCUCCUCUACAACGGGUCGCCCGGCAGACAUUCCUAGCUCGACUACAAGCCACCGACAUUCAACCUCAGAUAAAUACGACCGCGACUCGCUUUACUCUGCCCGCUCGGGCUCUGGUCCAGGGCCGGCCCGCAGGCGAUACUCAAGGGGAUCACGUAGUUCGUCUCGCAGCAUGAACCACGAGUAUAGACACUCGGAAAGUGACUUGCUAGGUCGCGACCCCGUUCCUCGACAGGGUGGUGUUUCUACCGGGGACCUGUACACGGAGUCGCCAAUCUCGAUCUCACCCGAUGAGGAUGUCCGCCGAUAUAGAGAACACCACCCACAUCACCGUGGCGGAAGCCGCGCCGGCGAGGAGGAGUACUACCGUGGAAUGCUGGGUGGACAGGGCGGCGGGCCUGUCCAUGAUCACAAGCGGUACCACUGA